AGGGUUUGCUAGCAGCAGGCACUGACACAUCGGCAGGUACAAUGGAGUGGGCAAUGUCACUUCUUUUGAACAAUCCGGAGGCACUGAAGAAGGCUCAGGAGGAAAUGGAUAACGUGGUGGGGAGCAGUCGUUUGGUUGAAGAGUCAGAUUUGGGUAAGCUUUCUUAUCUUCGUUGCAUCAUAAAUGAGACCAUGAGGAUGUACCCAACGGCUCCAUUGCUACCACAUGAAUCAUCACACGAAUGCUUUGUUGGAGGUUACCGAAUUCCACGCGGCACAAUGUUGUUGGUGAACCUGUGGGCCAUACACAACGAUCCCAAGAUAUGGGAGAAGCCGGAGAAAUUUAAGCCGGAGAGGUUCCAAGGUUUGGAAGGAAACAGAGAUGGGUUCAAGUUGAUGCCAUUUGGGUCGGGGCGGAGGGGCUGUCCAGGAGAGGGAUUGGCCACGCGGAUGGUUGGACUGACGCUCGCUUCAGUUAUUCAAGCCUUUGAGUGGGAAAGGAUUGGUGAGGAAAUGGUGGACAUGACUGAGGGGACUGGGCUUACCAUGCCCAAGGCCAAGGCUUUGCAGGCCCGGUGUCGUCCACGUCAGGCCAUGGUGGACUUGCUUUCCAAAAUUUAACGGAGCCCAUUGUUCUUGUGUUUCUUUUUCCUCUUUAUCUUCACCAAACGUUUACUUCUCCACCUCUUUCCUUCUUUCUUGCCUCUCCAAAAAGACAAAAAAAAAAAGAAAAAGAAAAAAAAGAAAAGAAUCUUUCUUUCUCCACAUCUUUCCUUCCCCUCCUCCUUUCGUUUUCCUUUGCAGCCAUCUAUCUUUGCCUCUUUCCAUUUUCUGUGAUAUAUGAUGUUGUGAAUGAUGUACUUCUACAUUUAUAUUCUCAUAUAUGCUUAAAGUUAACGAAAAACUAUUGUACUAAAAUUAUAUCAAACUG